AUGACACGAUCCAUUAUCCAUCCGGUCCCGGAGAGUCAGAAGACUGAUCCAAUCGUGGUGAAUGGACCUUCGUUUGCGCUCAACGGAACCAACGUCUCGUACAGGUUCCACGUUGAUAGCACUUCGGGAGAUCUCGUCCAGGAUCACUUUGGUGACCAUGUGACGGAAGAUCCCGUGGCAGAACCCACCGCCGUCCUCGGAGGAUGGUCAUUGCAAGAUCAUCUUAGACGCGAAUUUCCAGAUCUCGGCCGAGGAGACUUCCGAGCACCGGCUGUCCAGAUCAAGCAGGCCAAGGGCUACACGGUAUCUGAUUUCAGAUACAAGUCUCACAGCGUUGUCAACGGCAAGCCUGCCCUGGAUGGUCUGCCCUGUACAUUUGGUCAAGAUGACGAGGUAUCAACACUGGUGAUCCGCCUCUGGGACAGCUACAGUUCGGUUGCUGCAGAUUUGUCGUACUCGAUAUUUCCCAAGCAUGAUGCCAUUGUGCGAAGUGUCAAGAUCACAAACCAGAGCGAUGAGGAGGUAACCAUUGAGAAGCUGGCAAGCAUCAGCGUUGAUCUACCUCAUCGUGAAUAUGAAAUGCUUCAGCUCAAGGGCGAGUGGUCACGAGAGUGCACAAGAAUUCGGCGAAAGGUUGAUUAUGGAUCGCAAGGCUUUGGGAGUAGGACCGGCUACUCAUCACACUUCAACAACCCCUUCCUUUCUCUGGUAUCUUCAGAGACAACAGAGUCACACGGCGAGGCUUGGGGAUUCUCUCUUAUCUAUACCGGAUCUUUCGAAGUCGAGGUUGAGAAGAGUCCUCAGGGCAUAACACGCGCCUUGGUCGGAAUGAACCCCGACCAACUUUCAUGGCCCCUUAAGCCUGGCGACUCGCUGCAAUCCCCAGAGUGCGUCUCGGUGUUCUCAAAUGCGGGGAUUGGCGGCAUGUCGCGCAAGUUCCAUCGUCUUUAUCGCCAGCAUCUCAUCAAGAGCAAGUUUGUCAACGAGCCUCGGCCAGCUCUUCUCAACAGCUGGGAGGGGUUGUACUUUAACUUCAACGAGGACACCAUCUACCGACUUGCGCAAGCAUCUGCAGAGUUAGGCGUGAAGCUCUUUGUGUUGGACGACGGUUGGUUCGGAGACAAGUACCCUCGAGUCAACGACAAGGCUGGUCUAGGAGACUGGAUCGUGAACCCCAAGAGAUUUCCAAAUGGUCUGAAGCCUCUAGCCGACAAGGUCAACGAGCUUCAGGCUGCAGGCUCCAAGGAAAAUCUCAAGUUUGGCCUUUGGUUUGAGCCUGAGAUGAUCAGCCAAAAGUCUGCUCUUUACGACGAACACCCCGAUUGGGCCUUGCAUGCUGGAAACUACCCUCGAACAGAGACUCGCAGCCAGCUUGUGUUGAAUGUGGCUCUUCCUGAAGUCCAGGAAUACAUCAUCAACUCUGUCGCCAAUGUCCUUGACAGUGUCCCCAUUAGCUACGUCAAGUGGGAUAACAACCGGGCCAUGCACGAGACUCCGGCACCUGCCAAUUACCAUGCCUAUAUACUCGGCAUGUAUCGUGUCUUUGACACAUUGACUUCUAGAUUCCCUGACGUCCUCUGGGAAGGCUGCGGAGCCGGUGGCGGCAGAUUCGACGCUGGUAUCUUGCAAUACUUCCCCCAAGUCUGGACGUCUGAUAACACAGAUGGUCUUGACCGGAUUCAAAUCCAGUUUGGCACAUCGCUGGUUUACCCAGCAUCGACAAUGGGGGCACAUGUUUCUGCUGUACCCAACGAAAUUACAGGACGCACAACUCCCAUCCGAUUCAGAGCCCACGUCGCCAUGAUGGGAGGAUCAUUCGGUCUGGAGCUCGAUCCUGAUGCCAUCCCCGCAGAAGAGAAGGCUCAGAUUCCAGAACUGAUUGCCCUUGCCGAAAAGAUCAACCCCAUUAUCAUUCGAGGAGACAUGUGGAGAUUGAACCUCCCAGAGACGUCCAACCAUCCCGCUGCACUCUUCAUCUCCAAGGAUGGAAGUCAAGCUGUGCUGUUUGCGUUCCAGGUUCGGGCCACGACUGUGCACAACUACUCCUUCAUUCGCCUGCAGGGGCUUGAUCCUUCUGCAAAGUAUAGGCUUGAUGGAGAGGGGACGUUCUCGGGAGCGACUUUGAUGAAUGGUGGCAUUCAGUAUCGGUUCAAGUCUGACUAUGAGAGUAAGGUGGUCUUGAUAGAGAGGGUAUAG